AUGACGACGCUCCUCUUGGUGAGUCCUUCCCUACAUAGAUCUCCCAGCCACGCAUCAAAACCAACCCCCACCUCCGCGCAGUGGAUGUUCGGCCCACUGGGACGGCGCCCGGACGACACGCCCGUCUUCGCCACACCUGUCGGCGACGGCGACGUGCCCAUGGCCGCGCUCGAAGACCUCGGCUUCUUCGCGCACCAAGUGUUCGACCGCCGCGCCGACGUCUCAGGGUGCGGCCUCAAGAUCGCGCCCCAGCCUGUGGGACGGGCACGAGUAGCCGAUUGCGAAUAUGUGGGCAGGGCGAGGGCGACGUGGAAGUGCAUGUUCCGCGGGUUCUGGGUGGGGCGGUGGGACGACGUCAUCGAGUGCGACUGUGCGUGGAUGAAGGAGGUGGAUGCGCGCGCGACAGGCUACAAGGGCAUAGAAGGGGACGCGGCGGAGGACGGCGCGCAUAUGCCAUGGGGUGGACGAGCGCGGUGUCGAAGACGACGCACCUCGUGCUACCGAGGGGGCUCCAUGUGCGACGGCUGCUUGGGCAUUGUUUAG